AUGAUUGUGGACUUCAGGAAGAGCACUGUCCCCCCGCCCCCACCCUCCGUGAUGGACUCCCCCAUCACCUCUGUGGAGUCCUUCCGUUUCCUGGGCACCACCAUCACCCAGGACCUCAAGUGGGAGCCGACCAUCAGCUCCCUCAUCAAGAAGGCCCAGCAGAGGAUGUACUUCCUGCGGCAGCUCAGGAAAGCCAAGCUGCCUGCACAGAUGUUGGUGCAGUUCUACACAGCCAUCAUCGAGUCCAUCCUCACCUCCUCCAUCACCGUGUGGUUCGCUGGAGCCACAGUCAGGGACAAACAGAGACUACAGCGCAUUGUGCGCUCUGCAGAGGAAGUGAUCGGCCGCAGCCUUCCAUCGCUGCAGGACCUUUCACGUCUGUGCUUGUGUCCUGUCUCCACAGAGGCCUUCGACCUGGUUCUGCGUCACGGCCGUAACUCCACCGUGUCUCUGCUGAGGUCCGAGUUCCCGGCUCUGGGCAGCAGCGUGCACAGCCUGGUGGGACAGCUCUACAUGGACAUGUCCCUCUACAUCCUGGGCUCCGACUCCUCCGUCAACCACAUGGUGGGCGUCCUGUACAGUCGCCUCUUCCCAUUGGCCUACCGCAGACUGUUGGGAGGAGCGGCCCCCUCCUCUGUGUCCGAGGACUGUCUGAAAGGGGCCUGGAAAGACUCCGGCGCAUUUGGACCGUAUCCCAAACUCCUAAUGACCCGUCUGUCGCGCUCGCUCCUGGCCACACGAGUGUUUCUCCAAGCGCUGAACCUUGGCAUCGAAGUGGUGAACACGACGGACCACCUGCGGCCGGGGAGGGACUGUAGCCGCUCCUUACUGCGGCUGUGGUUCUGCCCACACUGCCACGGGCAGCUGGAGCCUGUGGCCUGUAAAGGACUGUGCCAGGCCGUGAUGCAGGGCUGCCUAGGGGGCGCUGUGGAGGUGCAGCCACAUUGGAGGACGUAUGUGGAGGGGCUGGGGAAGCUGGCCUUGGGCAUGAGGGGGGAGCAGGACAUGGAGGCGGUGGUGCUGCGGCUGCCCUCCAUCAUCAAACUGUCGCUGAAGCACGUGCUCAACGCCAAGACCAGAAUCACUGCACUGAUGAGUGGCAUGUGCAGUCAGGGCCCCAAGAGGAGCACUCGUUCAGUGGGACUCCCCUCUCUCCCCCACCCGGCCUCAGUGUCCCGCCCGGCUCACCCUCCGUCCCUCGCACCGGAACACGACCCCAGCGCCGGCGACCCGGACGAGACGCUGACCGGGCUGCGCAGAGAGUUCAUAUCCAGCCUGAGGGGCUUCAUCCCCUUCUACAGCGGUCUGGGAGAGGCUCUGUGCAGCCGAGAGCCGCCUACUGCCAACAGCUCCCUCUGCUGGAACGGACACGAAAUGACAGACAGAAGAGAUGAUGCGGUGGAGAGGAGAAUGAGUUAG